AUGGUGCCAAAUUCCUCCUUUUGGUCACCAAAAGAAGGUACCAAGCCUGACUUACUCUGCGGGAGGCCACCCGGGUUCCUCAUCAUGAAGGAUCGUUUCAUGAUGCUUAUAUGUGGCACUAUUGUUUUGGGAGGGUUCUUGAGGAUGUUUUUCAAGAAUUCUGAAGUCAUUGUCUUGGCAAUUCUUUCUCUAUCAGGAUUUAUUAUAGGACAACUGGCUUAUCAUUUUAUUGAGGUGUACCCAGUUGUCUACCCUCUCCUAAUAACACCAAGUUUUUCACUUUAUUCUUAUUUUUUGCCUUUAAUCGUAUUUGUGGCUGCUUUGGAUGUGGACUUUUAUAUAGUCAAGAACGUGUUCUGGCAGGUUUUGUUAACUGGAUUGAUUAGCUUUUCGGCAUCAUUCAUCAUAAUUGGAUAUGUGAUUCUGAAGUUCAAUGGAGAGUCAUGGAAUUUUCAGUCUUGCUUACUCUUGAGCAUCACUCUCAGCAUUACAGAUCCUCUUCAUUCCGUGAGCUCACUAAAAACUCUUGGCCUUUCUAAAAUGUAUAUUGACAUGAUUAGAGGAGAAUCGCUGAUCAUUUGUAGCGUUGCCUGCAUUUUUUUUGGAAUUUUUCGGGUCAGUGUGGAGCAGCUUACCAUGUUUACAGAGUUACAUAUCAUUGUGGGACUCAGCCUGGACAUUUUUGGAAGCAUCAUAUGUGGCUACUGGUGUGCAAGAGUCAUUCAGUUCAUACUGACCGACAUUUUUAGCAACACACUGACCAAUGUCAUCCUCUGCUUUUCAAUGGUGUAUAUGACGUUCUAUAUUGUGGAAUACUUUGGAAUGUCAGGCAUUGUUGCUUUGGCCACUGUAGGACUGAAUUUAGAUUCCUUAAGCUUUAAGCCCAGGAUGGAGUUCAUAAUCACUAAGUUCUUGAUCAUGUUCUCAACCAUUUACCACCACCUGAUCUACACCUUCUUCGGCAUCGUGGUGGGGUGUGGAGAAAUCAAGUAUUUUAGAUUUGGCACCGUAGUUUUUGUUUUCAUCUUAUUUGUGACGAUGAAUUUUGUCAGGUUGCUUACUGUUAUUUUACUGACCCCGAUUUUGAUGCAUUCAAGUUAUGAGUAUAGUUGGCGAUGGGGAAUUGUUAUCACGUGGUCUGGAAUUAAAGGAGUUUUUAGCUUACUCUUGGCUCCGGAUGUUUAUAAUCUGACUGAACAAAAAGUAGAGGCACCACAACUGUUUAUUUUCUAUGUACAAAUAAUAUCGUUAUUGACAAUGGCAAUCAAUUCAUACAUGAUGACUUUCUCGGCGAGGACAUUAGGUUUCUGUGCUCUCUCCCUCCCGAGACAAAUGGCCAUGCAGACUGUCAUCAAGCACAUACAGGAGGUCAUACAGAACACCAUGACUUUACACAGAACAGAAAAAAUGCUGACGAACGUCAACUGGACGUUAGUGGAAGAAAAAGCGAAGAUCGAGUACACCCUUCCUUUAAUGAUCCUGAAAAGGACCUAUUUUAAACAGCAUUGGAAUACUUUGGAAUUUUUAAUCGUGUUUAUUGGACUCGUGGAUAUCUUUUGUAUAUACUUUGUCAGACUGAGAACAGGCAACUUAUUCCUCAUCCAGUUCACAGUGGUGCUGGGAUAUUUAAGAGUAAUUAGGUUUCUUCCUGUCUUCAAGAUAGCAAUUCCUGUGCUGAUAAAUGUUGCAGAUGUGCAGGUCAAAAAACACCUCAGCUUGAUGUACAACAUCACAAAAGGCUAUGUCAAAAGUCAAGAAGAUGCCAGACUUUUAAUAAAACAAAUUUCUGGCCGUGAAUCAAUAUACCAGAAAUUAUAUGAAAUUUUGGAAACAAACAAACAAGAAGCUAUUAAAGAACUAGGACUCAUAGAACACGAAGGUCGCGAUGUGGUCACUGCUUUGAAGACCAAGCAGGCGAUCCGGAACGUGAUCGCUAAAGCUCUGAAAAAUCUCACCUUCCUUAGGUCAAGAGGCAUUAUUGAUGAGCACGAGGGCAUCGAGAUGAAUAAGGUACUUCUUACGAAAAUAAAAGCACUGAAUAAUUUUCCAAUGGCAAUCCCACCCCCUACUCCUGACAAGUACCUUCCUAAUAUCAUCUGGAUGGAAAAUAAAGAUGUUCUCAUCGAGUUCUUCAAGGAAAGAACCAAACUUGCUUAUUUUGACUAUGGAGAUGUCAUUUGUAGAGAAGGGGAAAUGCCACAAGGAAUCUACUUGAUCAUUUCAGGAAUGGCAAGUCUGCACAGCUCGUCCCCCACCUUCGGAAUAGACAGUAGUCUGCGGGCUGGUAAGGAGGACAGGACCCUGUUCACCGAGUACUGCACCAGCGGGGACGUGAUCGGGGAGCUGAGCUGCCUGCUGAAGCGCGAGAUCGAGUACACCGCCAUCUGCGAAACCGCCUUGCAGGCCUUCUUUAUCUCCCUGGAGGACCUGUACGAAGGCUUCGAUGUCUUUUGGCCAUCCCUGGAGUACAAGAUCUGGCUGAAGCUGGCCCUCAGCACCGCCUGUCAGUACUUUGAAUCCAGCCUCGCUGACGAGGACUUAACGUUUCAGAAGUGUGUGAUGCUCAAUCACGCUUAUGUGGAGACUUUAUCAAGCUACAACGAAAUGACUAUUGAUAACGUGACCAUGAAAUUCGUCAUCAUCGUGUAUGGCAGUGUGAUUAAUAGCAAGACGGAGGAACCGUAUUUGGCACCUUGCAUUAUCCCUAAAACCUGUGAGCAGAUCCAGGGAACUGCAGAUGUGAGCAAGCUGCUGAUAAUCCACGCGGCGGAGCCUACCAAAAGUGACGGUAGCACCAACGUCAUGGUCAAGACUGGCCUUCGAAUGACCAAGAAAGAAUACAACUGGAAGAGAAAAGAUAUGCAGGACGCCAGGUACCAAUUUCGAAAAGCGCAUUGAUGCAGCUGUGAUGUGUGGAGUCAGGUUAAAGUCUGCGCUCAUAUCCUGGUUCAAGUGCUGAAGAAUUACCUGGCAAGGAUUUUCUUAGAAACUGCUGAAACAGUUCAACACUAGAUUUCUUCUGUAAGCAGCCGAUGGACUGCUGUAAAAAACGAUUCCCGGUAGUUGUACAGUAUACUUGAGUUGUUCAGAGUUCUUUGGUAUAAUACAAAAUACCUUCAAACUUAUGGUCUACCAACUUAUGGCCUACCAAAUGACACCCUUGUAGCUGAGAGUGAGUUAACAAAUGUGUUGUACAAUUAAUGUAUUACUGUCUAAGGCAUUAGGACCUGCAAUUUUUAUUUGUGAAAUUACUAUAAUUAAUGCCUCCUGAUAUUUUUUUUU